GGACAAUCUACCGGAGCCAUGGCGUCCAAGAACCUCUACGUCGUCGUCAGUGUAGCAUUCCAAGAUUUUGGAGACACAACUCGCGCCAUCGCUAUAAUGAAAGCCUUUCGAGACCUUUGCCCAUCAAACGUCAAUCUCAAAGUCGACUUCCUCUCCUGCGGCUCGAACAUCGAGUAUCUCAUCACCAAUGCAAACUUCAAUAUAGUACGUGCCGAGCCACGCGUCAAGGGAAUUUCAGUGCGAGAAGAUCUAGGACUCGACUUCCCCGAGUUCUUCGGUUCACCCGAGAUUGUUAAGACCUUCAUUGACGGACAGCUCGCUGCCUUCAAAGAAUUGAAGCCCGAUAUAGUGUUUCAUGGCAUGUUCGCUCCUGCGUCUCUUGCCGCCCGCCUUCUGGGAAUCCGAACCAUCAAUUUUCUGCCUCUCCCAUUGCACCCUGGUGCUUUCGGAAAUGGCCUCAUCCGCGAUCUCCCAGACCCGAUGCCACUUCUAACCCGUCUCCCCCGCCCCGUGAGACAGAAGCUCGCAUGGUGGGGUAGUUCGCUGCUACUGAAAGCGCCCAUCUUCCGACAGCAUCGCGUUGGCGCCGCGGCUGCGGCCAGCGGGUGGCCUGUCUCAGGACCCAUCUCGUUGUUCGAUAUGAACAUGGCUGACCUCAACCUCGUAAACGACCAUCCCACUUUCCACACCGACUACAUGCACCGGCUUCCCAAGAAUAUCGUUUUAACGGGGCCAAUCUGGGCGCAGAACGACUCUAAACUCGACGAGGACAUCAUUGCACAUUUGGACCGUCCUGGCUCAAGUAUUGUGGUUGCCAUGGGAAGUUCGAGCACCAAGGGUAUGCUUUUCGAAGCUAUUCGAGCGAUGCGCCUAUCUCAAGAAGAUCAAUGGAAUGCUGUGAUUCUGGCACCUCGAUGCAUAUGUACACUAGAGGAGGCUCUAGAGGUCGCAGGGGAAGACGAGCGACUCCUCGUCACUGAUCGCUUUAUUCCUGCUCCGGCUGCGAAGGCGCUGGCUGAUGUGGUUGUCAUUCAUGGCGGGCAGGGCACUGUGCAAACAGCAGUGGCGGCUGGGAAGCCCAUCGUUGGUGUAGGUCACCAGCUCGAGCAGCAAACAAAUCUGGAUAAUGUAAUGGAUGCUGGAGCUGGAAUACGAAUCCAGUAUCAAUGCUGGAGGGCGAGAAACAUUCGCAAUGCGGUACGGCAAGUGUUGAACGACCCAUCGUAUACUCGAAGAGCAACUAUGCUGGCGAACGAGGUAAAUCAAAUGGACGGUGCAUUGACGGCUGGAGAGGCGAUGUGGGAGUUUGCGUUGAGUGUCGAAGAGUUCAAGGCUUGAAAGAUUAAUCGAAAGGGCUAGCCGUCGGCAUCUCUACCCUUCAUGUUUCUGCAUUUCGUCUGGUUUCCAUGCUGUGUUUGAUCAAUAUCUAUUAGACCGCCAUCUUAGAGAUGUGCGAAUCGUCAACUUCCUUUAUCUACGAGGUUUACAUAAAUUUCUUACGGGUUUGCAUUGUAUCAUUGAGCGAUUCCACGUCAAGGAGUCGGAGAACUCGCAUGUGGGUCACCUAAGUUUCGUCCAUCGCAUAGUGUAUUGAUUUGAGCUUAACUCUGAUUGAGUCACGAUAAAAAUCUUCCGUUGAAUAGAGAAAUAAGACGAGGAAAUCAAUUGGCAGCACGAGUGCUUGCUUUCUCAGUCUGAUAUAACUUGUCUCGAUGAAUCGUCAUGACCGGCUUUCUCACUAAUUCUGUGUUUAGGCGUUUGGAAAUACCUACUUCCUGUAUCGCCCCCACUCUUCAUACACAGGUAUGUUAUUGAAUUUGCGAAUUAUGAGAACCAAGACGAUAAUCUCUCACUCCUGAUCAGUGGAUAGAAUAACAAAUAAGAUGCAACACAUAAUACUUGGGAUGGCAUACAUCAGCAUUAGAACUAGAUUCAGGAUCGAUAUUAUUCCAAUUGUAUAAUACUGUAACAAAAGAAUCCAUUCCUUUCGUCAUAUCCGUUCCUUGACCUCGAAUGAUGUUUCCAGUUCUGUGAGCAGGUUGCUCCGGCACAUAACAAACAAUAUACUCAGUGAAACUCGGACAUGAUGUAUCAAUAACAU